UGUUGACGCGGUCCUAAGAUGGCUGCCGGGCAGCUGUUUACUGGCCGAAAAAAGGAUGUGGAGUGGGCUAUUGCCUCCUGGCCUGAAUGAAAGUGAUAUUGAGUCAAAUUCUGAAGAUGAAGCCAUAUCUGAGAACUCCAAAUUUAGCUUACAAGAAGUUAAAGAGGAUGGGACCAGUAGGAAAUCAGAUGCCUCAAAUCUCCCAGAAGAUGGGCCAGCAUCUGAGCCCCAGGUCCAGACAAAUGCAUAUGAAGAGUGCCCUUCUGGAAUUCCCAUAAAUAUGUGGAAUAAAUUUCAAGAAUUGCAUAAAAAACAUUCUGAGCAGAAAACUUUAGCCUCAAGAUUCAGAGGAAGAAAAAGAAAGCGCUCCAGGAAAGGUGAUAAGUUGAAGAAUGAAAAAGAAUCUCAUAGUGAACAGUCCUUAAAUGAAGCCCAGUGGAAGGAGCUUACUCAGUAUUUUGGAGCCAAUGAUAGAUUUGAACCUCCUGUGAAAAAGAAAAAAGUUGAAAAGUCAGGUCUCGAAAAGAGGAUAGACCAGGCUGUGGAAGAAUGGGAUGUUGAGAAGGCUGAAGAACUCAGCAACCAGCUAGCUACUCGAGAGCUUGGUGUAAAAAUUGCCAAAGCAAUUGCUUGCCACAAGUUUGUAGAAGCCAAAAAGGAAGCUGAAAAUUCACAAGCUGCUCGAAAGAAGAAGAAGCUGGCAUGGGGGUUUGAAGCAAAGAAGAGAUGGGAAACCAAAAGCAACAUGGGAUAUAUGUAACCUUGCAGAGCUCGGAACACUUACAGACUCACAUACUCACAUUAACAAAACUUUCCUGCUUAAAUUGGAAAUUGAUCGAAGUAGGAAAAAAAUGUGCAUAAAACUUAGGCGUUGAUGAUCAACUUUUGGACUUUUUCUAAGGAGUUUAUUCUUGAAGUGAAUGUUUUUUGUUAUUUGUGUAAGAAACUAAGCAUGCACAGAAAAAAAAAGUAUGGUUUUUGUUUUUUACUUAUUUAUUUGCAUAGACCUACAGUCUAAAAUCAAUCUGCUUUUCAUUUGUUUGGUAUAGCAAAGCCCGUGAGGUCCUUGGACUUGCUUUGUCUGUUCUAGGCAUGACAACACUGAUUCUGGAAUUGUGAUUUUAAGAUUGUGACAAUUUUUACAAAUAAUUUUACUUAAUGUCAUAAAAACAGUUAUUGAUCCCUUACUGGCAGCAGUAGAAUUGAUAUUUUUAUGGUCACAUAGUACAAUAAUUUUUGUAUAUCUUCAGAUGAGAUAAUUAUAAAAGGGGGAUAAAAUAAGUAUGUAGAGGAUGGUUUAGUUUCAGCUCUGCAUAAAAAUGUAACUAUCUCAGCUCUGUCAUUCUUUAAAUUAUUAGAUGAUAUAGCUACAUUAGAUUAUAUAUUAUACUAGAUGUAUAGUUUUAUUAAACAGCUAAUUAUAAUUCUAAAUAACAA